AUGUCACUGGAAGACGCAGUCUCCGCCAGCACUUCACGCCCGGCCCAGGUGCUGGGCCUGGAGGACAAGUUGGGGUCCCUGUCUCCAGGCAUGUCCGGAGAUGCGGCCGUCUACGAUCUGAGGGAAGGCCGGUUCGUCUGGCACGACAUGGCUCGAAACAAGGUUGAGGGCAAGGUACGAUUGGAUACAUUCCUCACCGUCCGUAACGGCUCUGUGGCCUGGCGCGAGGGCAAACUGACCGAGAUGGGCCCGUGCUAA